AUCGGUGUGCAGAGGGCAGACGGGCACUGCCAGCACAGCAGCAGUCCUGCAAGCACAGCAGCAAGUACACCAUGGUAAUUGCAGGACUGAUUUUUGGGGCCACCGCUGGAGUAGGAAUGGCACUCUUUGGUGCCCCGGCAGUCGUGUCUGCGUUGGGGUUUAAGGCGGGCAGCAUCGCUGCAGGGUCUGCGGCUGCCAAGAUGAUGUCGGUGGCUGCCAUAGCCAACAACGGAGGAGUGGCUGCCGGCAGCACCGUGGCCGUGCUACAGUGGCUCGGAGCGCUUUUGCCCGUUGACCGAUCUGGUCAUUACCAGAAGGGAGAGCUGGAAGGGCUCGGCGGUGCUGAGGGAGCAGAGCCCCUGCAUGGUGGUGAACUGGCAUCGGAGCUGCAGGACUCCCUGUUGGUGCCAAAAUUGGGCUGACAUCAAUCUUGACAUUGCUCGGUGCAGCCGUUGGUGCCAGUUGUUUAUAGGGGAGCACAGCUCCAGGUGGCAAACCCAAGGAAUGCCAGGAGGCAGCGGACGGUGCAAGGAAGAGCCCCGCCAGCCCAGCUGCUCCUCUGCAGCCGCGCAGGGAGCUGCCGACGUGCUUGAGCAUUGAGCACAUGGAAAAUAAUAAAAAUGGCUUUGCAGGUGA